UAAACUGCUUCUCUCCAGAUGUUGCAGCUCGCAGACAUGAGCGGACAGCUCGAGGAAACGCUACUGUCAUGACGCGCACGGAUUUAAAUCCUAAUCAAACUUUUUAAUUUUGUUUGGACGCUGAUCAGCUGUUUCCAGACCGCAGAGAUGGAGUACUGGAGGCAAUGUGCGAUGUGGCUGAUCGGCUGCAACGUCCUGCCGGCGAACCACCGGGUCACCGCGGACACGGCUCAGGUGUUCGACCUGGCGCAGACCCUGCGGGACGGGGUCCUGCUGUGCCAGCUGCUCAACAACCUGAAGCCUCACACCAUCAACCUGAAGGAGAUCAACCUGAGGCCGCAGAUGUCCCAGUUCUUGUGCUUGAAGAACAUAAGGACUUUCCUGUCCUCUUGCUGCGAUACGUUUGGGAUGAAGAAAAGUGAUUUGUUUGAAGCCUUCGAUCUUUUUGAUGUCAGAGAUUUUGGAAAGGUCAUGGACACUCUGUCAAAGCUUUCUUAUACAGCAGUGGCUCAGCAAGGUGGAUUCAAGCCAUUUCCAAUGGAGGAGAGCCUGAAAGACGAGGAGAUUUACAACAACCUCCAGGACUUGAUUGACGAGAAUGUUCCUGAGGAUGAAGACGACUUGUAUGCAGCGGUAUACGGGCUAGAAGACGAGUAUGCUGGUGGCGAGAUCUAUGAAGACCUUAUGAAGACUGAGCAGCAUGCACCAUUGAAACAGGCGGAAGUUGAUGUUCGUAGCUGCUGUCUUUCAGAGAUUAAACAGACAGAAGAGAGAUACACAGAGACUCUGGAGUCCAUCGAGAAGUACUUCCUGAAUCCAUUAAAGAAAUUCUUCUCCGAGGCCGAAAUUGACAAAGUUUUUGUCAACAUUCCUGAUUUGGUAAAAGUUCACAAAAGCCUCAUGGCCGAACUGCAAGACUCCAUCCUCAACAAAAACGCCCUUAAUCUCUACCAAAUCUUUAUCAGCUAUAAGGACAGACUUCUCAUAUAUGGGAUAUACUGCAGUCGGGUGGAGAUCGCCAUCGCUGUCUUAGACCUUAUCUGCAAAGAGAAAGAGGAUGUUCGACUGAAACUAGAGGAAUGCUCCAAAAGGGCCAACAAUGGGAAGUUCACCCUGAGGGACCUGUUGGUUGUUCCAAUGCAAAGAGUUCUGAAGUACCAUCUAUUGCUACAGGAACUUGUGAAACACACUCAUGAUGCUGCAGAUAAGACCAACCUGAAAAUUGCUCUGGAUGCCAUGAAGGAUCUUGCUAUGUAUGUCAAUGAAGUCAAGAGAGAUAAUGAGACUCUGCGGGAGAUUGACCAGUAUCAGAGAUCUAUUGAAAACCUGAAUCAGCCACUCGUCAGUUUUGGUCGACCAAAAGGAGACGGGGAGGUGCGCUUAAUCUCCACUGUUGACAAGAGGAAACAGGACAGGCAUUUAUUUUUAUUCGAUGUAGCAGCCAUUAUUUGCAAGCGAAGGGGAGACAACUAUGAGAUGAAGGAUAUACUGGAUCUUAACUACUUCAAAGUCACAAACAAUCCCACAUCUGACAGAGAAGGCAAAAAGUGGUGCUACGGCUUCUUCGUGACACAUCAGCAGGGCCAUACAGGCUUCGAGUUCUUCUUUAAGACCAGAGAGCUGAAGAAGAAGUGGUUGGAUCAGUUUGAAAUGGCAAUCUCAAAUAUCCGACCAGAAAAGGCCAACCAUAACUCCCACCAGUUCCGGAUGCACACAUUUGAAAGAAUCACUUCAUGUAGUUACUGUCACCUAUUGCUCAGGGGCAUCUUUAACCAGGGUUAUGUGUGUCAAAAAUGUGGUCUUGGGGCUCAUAAAGAGUGUCUAGGUCGACUGGGAGUCUGUGGGAGAACAGAUCCUGUCAAGCUGAGGCCCAAGGAGACCACAGCAGCAGCAGACUCAGGUUUACCAAGGAUGAUUGUGAUCAGGGACUACAGCGGUGUCCCCAGUCCCCUGUGUGGUCCUGCUCUAAGCAUUCAGGCGGGGGAUGUAAUUGAGUUGAUGUUUGCUGACCUGCACAGCUCCUGGUGGCAGGGCAAAAUUCUGGCGACAAGCAAAACUGGCUUCUUCCCAAGUGAUGCUGUGAGGCCUUGCCCAUGUGUUCCAAAACCUGUCGAUUAUUCUUCCCAGCUUUGGUUUGCAGGGCUGAUGGAGAGAUACCAGGCUGAGGUGGAGCUUAUGGACAGAGAGAAUAGCACUUAUCUCGUUCGACACCGGAGCAAAGAGUGCAACGAAUAUGCCAUUAGUAUAAAGUUCAAUGAUAAAGUCAAGCACAUUAAGAUUUUGACCAAGGAUGGAUGUUUUUACAUCGCUGAGAGUCGGCUAUUCAAGAGCGUGCUGGAAUUGGUGGAGUACUAUAAACAACACUCUCUGAAAGAAGGUUUCAGCAGUCUUGACACCACUCUGCAGAUUCCUUACCGAGAACUGACCAAUGGAAACAUGCCUAAAGCAAUUAACAAGGUUUUCAACGUUUUUUCUCCUAGGGUAGUUGGUAUUGCAGUGGCACGUUACGACUUCAGCUCUAGAGAUACCCGAGAGCUGUCUCUACAGCAGGGAGACAUUAUUAGGAUCUACACCAAGAUGUCCAAUGGUUGGUGGAGGGGAGAGGUCGACGGCCAGGUGGGUUGGUUUCCCUCAACUUAUGUGGAUGAAGAAGACUAGCUGCACACAACAAGAAGGAAAACCGGUGACAUGCAAUCACUGCCACCCUUUGUACCUAUACUUAGAUCUUUCUGAUAAAACAGGAACAUGAGAUGAAGUGGCACUACCCUUUAAAAUCAUCCACUGGUUGCUGACAGACUCUCACAAGAAGAGGAGCAGGAUGUUUAAAAAAAAAAAAAAAAACGGGGUUCCAAAGGUGUCAUGCAGUGUUGUGCUUCUGUCUGUCAUCUCGGUUCCCUCUCACCUUCUCUUAUAAUUGAUGAUUGCUUUGGCUGGGGUAACACAUGCCCUGUUGUCAUCAUGUUUCAACAUCUGGACAGCUCAGUCAUCUAGUCAAAGCGUAGAUCCUGCUGACAGUGCACUGCCCAGGUACUUCGAUCGAGGGAAUAUUAGGUGCUCCAACUCAGAUUUUGCUAUCCUUGACUCUUUGAGUGAUGCUUUUUUUAAAUAAUGUAAAAAGGUUUCAGCAUUACUACUUGAUGGACUAAGUGUGACUUAGAGGGGAAGAACGCCUGUUUGGACAAAGAAGCUCAUAAAAAAAGGUGAAAACCCACCCCAUGUGAGGCUAUGGGUAUAUA